GUCGGUGAAAUCUCCCUGCAGGCUUCAAGUUCCAAUUGACCAUCGGCUUUUCCUACGAAAACGACGAACCAACAAGACCAUCAUCAAUCAUGACUCGUGGCAAUCAACGUGAAAAUGACCGAGCCAAAGCCGCCAAAAAGCUUGCCGACUUACAGAAGAGCAAGCAGAAAGAGUCGGCAGCCUCAUUGACCAGACGAAGAGAAGAAGACGCCCAGAAGAUGCGAGAGAAACAAGCGAAAGCAUUGGCACUGAAAGGGGAAGCCGGGGGAGGCACGGCGAAGAAAUGAGCGGCUCUUUAACCCGAACCUCGAAUAGGUUUUCUUGUACUUCUCCAUACAUCUGACUCGAUUGACUGUGAUUCGACCUUCUACAAACGACGAAGAUCAAGAAAGAGUCCGCCAUAUAUACAUACAUAUCCGCUCCAAUCUAGGCGAGACAAUCGAGCUUCUCGUUGGUUUCCCCUGUUUGCCCCUUCACAUUGACAUACCUCCCUCCUCGACCCAUCUUCUCUCUGUAUCCCCUUCGAAUUCAUCCGUCACCUUUGAACGCUUGAAUCCUCUUUUUGUCUUCUUGUCCUCAAUUUCUUUCUUUCUUUCUUCUAGAUAUACACUCAGCUUCUUCACACUUACUUUUGAUUUCGUUUGUAUAUAUGAUUAUGUAUUUCUGAAUCGUUUUUUUUUUUGCUUUGAUUUCAUUCUUUUUUACUCAAUUCAACUCGGGAUAACCUAACACAUAAUUCUCAAGUGUCACUAGAUUGAACAUGGCGAACCUACAACUUGGGGAGACAAGUGUCCCAAUGGAAAUUCAUGACGCAGGCUUCAAGGCCCUACAGUCCUGCAAGUUCAAUCAUA